AUGCUUUACGCCGUGCUUCCCCCCGCCUCCGACCCGCUUCCCCCGCUUCCCUCCGCCCAUGCGCGCGACUCUUCUCCCGCAAACAGCGCGCGCAACUCGCGCGGCGCCGCUGCGGUUGACGGGGCGGCGCAUGAGCGGAAGGGAGCGCACGCGCGGGCGAAAUCGUGGGACGUAGGGGCGGGCGCGGAAGGCGGGGGGGAGGGGGGAAGAGCAGCGGACGCGGGGGGAGGAGCUGCGGCUCCGCGGUUAGUGCCCGCCAUGAUGACGUCACUGUCGCUCACUGUGGAGUGCCUGAUGACGACAGCAAGUGUCAGCAUACAGGGCACGUGGGAAGUGGGGGAGUAUGUGGGGGGACGCGGGCAAGGGGGCGGAGGGGGGGGCGGAGGGGAUGCGGGAGGAAAUGGUGGGGGAGAUGGUGGGGGGGAUGGUGGGGGCAAAGGGGAGGAGCAGCAGCGGCAGCAGUGCUGCGACUGCCUGUUUGUGCUGCCCACGUCUUACAGGGCCUCUGUGACUGCAGUCGAGGUAACGCUAGCAGAUGGAAGGUUCCUCGCAACUGCAGUGCUCCCAGCGGACGAGGCAGAGGCAGCGUGCCGGGCGAGCCAAGAGCGGGCGGCAGCCGCCCACUCCGCCGCCCAGCCCGUGCUGCCCAGGCCCGCCCGGCCCUCGUUCCUGCGCCUGUCGUCUGCUAGCUUCAGCAGGAGCGGCAGCAGCAGGCAUCGGUGGAAAAGCCAAGAGGGAGUGGAAGAUGGGGAUGAGAGGGCUGAAGCGAGUAGAGAGGGCGAGUGGGGAAAGAGCAGUGGGAAGGAGGGUGGUGUGAGUGGGGGUAUGGAGAGAGGGGAGGGUGGGGGUGAAAGUGGUGAGGGUGGUGAGAAUGGGAGGAGAAGGGGAGGGAAUGGUGAUGAGGAUGAGGAGGAGGAGGAGGUGGAGGAGAGUGCAGGGCAGCGGCAGCGGUGUGUGGCGAGGCGGCAUGCAGCCGUGCUGCUGGAUGAGAGUCCUGUGCACACGCCCCACAUGCUACGGCUCAGAAUACCCAAGUCUCCCUCCAUUUCCCAUGCCUCCCGUCCCACGGUGUUCAACCAUGCACGCACCUUCUCCAUCCCCCCCUCCACUCCUCCCCCGCAGAUACCCCAAUGCACCAGUGUACCACAAGGCAGCAGUGUGCGCGUACGGGUGACCUACGUGGAGGUGAUGGCAGGGCGGCAGGGGUACAGUGAGAUGAGCGUGCCGCUGACAGUGCCCUUGGAGUGCGUGCCUGGCGACCUGGCAGUGCAGGAUGUGGUGCGAGUGAGCUGUACCAUCAACAGCGGGCUGCAGUGCCCCAUGAAGAUCGGGGACUUUAACCACCCCAUGAAGUACGUGGUGCGCGUGAGCUGCACGAUUAACAGCGGGCUGCAGUGCCCCAUGAAGAUUGGGGAUUUCAACCACCCCAUGAAGGUGGUGUUUGUGGACUUGGGGCGAGCCACGUUUGUGGGCCAUCAAAGCGAUGACGACCCCGACGCCUGGCCCAACGCCGACUUCACCAUCUCCUUCCAGGUGGUGACAGAGGACGUGAGUGCAGCAGUGCUUGUGCAAGCGCCUCUCAUCGGAGACCCGGACCCUCGAGCCUCCUUCGACCUUUCAAUAGCUCCUCCCGAUCCCGCCCAGUUCUCAGUCACCCGGGCAGUGGUGUUCACCCGGGCAGUGGUGUUCACCCGGGCAGUGGUGUUCACCCGGGCAGUGGUGUUCACCCGGGCAGUGGUGUUCACCCGGGCAGUGGUGGUCACCCGGGCAGUGGUGGUCACCCGGGCAGUGGUGGUCACCCGGGCAGUGGUGGUCACCCGGGCAGUGGUGGUCACCCGGGCAGUGGUGUGCAUCCUGGACAGCGAGACACGGCUGAGGGGUCGCCUCAUGGAGGAGGCACGCAGGGCGGUGGCAACGGCACUGAGGCGCCUGAAGCUGCUGCUGCUGGGCGAUGAGCUCAAGGCCGUACCACCUCCUCCCAUCAUAACCCUCCCUUCCAUCCCCCUCCACCCCUCGCCACUGCUCCCUAACCACAGCAGCCGGGCAGUCGUCUUCAUCCUCGAUAGCGAAUGCGAGGGCCGGCCAAUGGAGGUUGCACGCAGGGCAGUGGCGGGCUCGCCGCGGCGCUUAAAGCCCCACGACUCGUUCGCCGUGGUGGCGUUUGACUUUGAGCUGCUGCUGCUGGACGAUGAGCUCGAAGCCGCCUCGCCUCUUUCCUCUGGAGCCCUCCCUUACCUGGUCAUCCUUCCCACCCCCUCCACCCCUCUCCAUCCCCCUCCACCCCUCUCCAACCCUCUCCACCCACAGGUGUUCAGCCGAGCCGUCGUGUUCAUACUCGACAGCGAGUGCGGUCUAAGAGGCCGCCCCAUGGAGGAUGCACGCAGGGCGGUGGCAGUGGCGCUGAGGCGCUUAAAGCCGCACGACUCGUUUGCGGUGGUGGCGUUUGACUUUGAGCUGCUGCUGCUGCUGGACGAUGAGGAGGUCUUCAGCCGGGCAGUGGUGUUCAUUCUCGACAGUGAGUGCGGACUGAGGGGUCGCCCAAUGGAAGACGCGCGCAGGGCAGUAGCGGGAGCACUAAAACGCUUAAAGCCGCACGACUCGUUUGCAGUGAUAGCGUUUGACUUUGAGCUGCUGCUGCUGGACGACGAGCUCGAGGCCGCCUCGCCUGAGGCGGUUCGCCGCGCGUGCAAGUUCGUGCUGCAGGCACAUGACUGGCCGCAGCCGGUUAAUGUGCUCACGCCGCUGCAGCUGGUGGGUGGAGAGCGGAUGCUGAGGGGCCACACGGCAGCGCUGCAGCAGAUCGUGCUCAUCACGGACGGCCCGGUGCGGGCGGAGCGCCGCGUGUGCCACUGGGUGCAGCGCGCCCUGGCGGACUGGGGGGGCACCGCCCCUCGCAUCUCCACCUUUGGCAUUGGCUCAUCGGUGAAUCCGUUCUUUCUCAAGUGGCUUGCUGCUGCCACCCGCGGCUCCUCACAGGUCACCCGCAAUCCAGCGGAGGUGCGGCGGCGGCUGGAUGGAAUGCUGCAGACAAUGGCCCACCCGCUCGUCACCAACAUUGCCAUCCGCGACCUGCCGCCCGCCUGUGAGCUCUACCCCUACCCCAUCCCGGACCUCUAUGCAUCGGGGCCGGUCGUGGUGAGCGGCCGAAUGGGCGACGAGGGGCCGGCAGCAAGCGGAGCGGAGGGUGGGGGGGGGCCUGCCUUUGCACGUGGAGUUGAGGGGCGUGCUGGCCAGUGGAGCUCCGUGGAAGUGGGGGCGGGGGAGCGGGUGGCCAUCCUCACAGCCGAUGCAUGGCUUCAUGGCGACCCACACCUGCACCAGGCGGCAUGUGCGAUGAGUGUGGGAGCGUCAGUGGUAUCAGAGCACACACGCAUGGUCCUGCUGGACACCACCCGCCCCCUGCUGGACCAGCUGCACACCGAUCAGCUGCAGGGCCAUGUGAGGCCUCUACACCAUUACGUACGGUCGUCCACCGCCCCUGUCACCAUGGUUUCGGGUCUCACGGCUGGGUUCGGAAGCACCCAGGCCCGGCCUGCUUCCACCAAACCAAACGGGGAGGUUCGGAGUCAGCAGCGGCAGCACAGGCGCAUGGGUUCGUGUGUGUCAUCAGGCGAGUUGGAGUACGAUGUGGGCGAGGAGGACGGCCAUGACCGAUUGCUCGUCUCGCCCUCGCUGUCGCAAAGCAUUCUAGGAAGCGUACUCGCCUGUUAUCGUCCCAAAUUUAGGUAA